AUGCAGGUUGAUGGUAUUGGUGGUAAUCCUCACCGUGUUUCACUGAAUGAAAAAAAAUGUGAUUGUGGAAAAUGGGCUAAUUUGCAGUUUCCAUGUUCACAUGUCAUGAAGGUUACCGAAAGAAUGGGAGGAUUGGCUAGAAAUUUUGUCAGCGAGCAUUUCACAAUAGAGAAUUAUGCUACAACAUAUUCUGGGUCAUUCUCGUCAGUUGGGCACGAGGCGUAUUGGCCAUCUCCAAGUUUUAGAAUGACAAGUAAUGAACUCUAUCGUCGUCCCAAUCGACCAAGGACAACUAGAAUUCCUAAUGAGAUGGAUUGUGGUCCUGCAGUAUAUGGGCGAGCUUGCGGGUUGUGUAGGCAAACUGGACAUGAUAGGCGUCAAUGUCCAACCCGUAGUCAAACUUAG